GGAACCUACAAAUACCACGAUUAUCAUUCCAUAUACGACAGGCCAUCAAACUACCGAUAAGUCCAAUCCAACUGGGAAUAUUUUCACAAUGACGGUAACCGAAGUUGGCUGCAUGGGCGUGAAGCCCAAAAUGAACAUCAUGGACCAUACCACGCCAGAGGGCAAAAUCCUGACUGACGCUUGGAAGACUGUCAUCAGCAAACCUGGUGGUCCUCAAAGAGUUUACUGGGGCUUGGAAUCAGUUGAACCAUCCAAAGUCUGGUGCUUUUUCGACUUUGACUCGGUCGAGCAACAUCGACAAUUUGCUGAAGAAUACGGCGCAGAUGCAGUCAAAGACAUUCCGAAGAUUUGCACGUAUGGAGAGUUCUCAAAGCAUAUCGAGCUGGUUCCGUCUUCCGACGUUCUUGAGUCACCUCUGACACAGAUUGUACUUGCUUACUUCCCUCAAGACAUUUCGGAUGAAAAGAAACAAGCUCUUUCGUUUCAGAUACAGGGAAUUUUGAAACAAGGUUUUUCUAAUGAAGCCAGAGUAGUUCACGCUUGGGGCUUAGAGAACGACUUUCCAGCGAGAAGUGAAGACGGGCAGCCGAGAUCAGUUCUUAUGGGUUUCGUUGGAUUGUCUCAUUGUGAAGCUUGGGGGGAUUAUCGCCAGACAGAUGGUUGGAAAGAGGCACUCUCGAGUAUUGAAGGGUUGGAGGGUUGUACGAGUACUUAUAGUUUUGCAAUAAGCUGUCAGCAUCUUGAGAGGUUUUGAGGAGGACAACCCUUUAGUUAAUUGGUCAGAGUAUCUAGUCGUCAUUGUGACUCUUUAGUUUUCCUCGAUUGGUCAUCCUCAAAAUCCAAUUCGAGAAAUAAUGCAUCUUCUGCAAAGCCAUGUUUCGGACUUUCGGUCAUUUCUCUCUGGAUAUUUGAUAAUCAACCCUCCAACUCUUCCCUUCCAACCAUUCCAAC